GGUCCCGGUGGGCGCGAACCCACCAUGCAGCUGCAGUUCCGGAGCUGGAUGCUGGCUGCGCUCACGCUGCUCGUGGUCUUCCUCAUCUUCGCAGACAUCUCGGAGAUCGAAGAAGAAAUCGGGAAUUCUGGAGGCAGAGGUACAAUCAGAUCAGCUGUGAACAGCUUACAUAGCAAAUCUAAUAGAGCUGAAGUUGUAAUAAAUGGCUCCUCGUCGCCGGCUGUUGUUGACAGAAGUAAUGAAGGCUUUAAGCGCAACAUCCAACCAGCCUCGGCCAAAUGGAGACACAACCAAACGCUCUCUCUGAGGAUCAGGAAGCAAAUCUUAAAGUUCUUGGAUGCUGAAAAGGACAUUUCUGUCCUCAAGGGGACCCUGAAACCCGGAGAUAUUAUUCAUUACAUCUUCGACCGAGACAGCACAAUGAACGUGUCCCAGAACCUGUAUGAGCUGCUCCCCAGAACCUCUCCACUGAAGAACAAGCACUUCGGGACCUGUGCCAUCGUGGGCAACUCUGGGGUCUUGCUGAACAGCGGCUGUGGGCAGGAGAUUGACAGACACAGCUUUGUCAUCAGGUGCAACCUGGCCCCGGUGCAGGAGUACGCCCGGGAUGUGGGGCUCAAGACAGACCUGGUGACCAUGAACCCCUCCGUCAUCCAGCGGGCCUUCGAGGACUUGGUCAACGCCACGUGGCGGGAGAAGCUGCUGCAGCGGCUGCACAGCCUCAACGGCAGCAUCCUGUGGAUCCCUGCCUUCAUGGCCAGGGGCGGCAAGGAGCGGGUCGAGUGGGUCAACGAGCUCAUCCUGAAGCACCGCGUCAACGUGCGUACUGCGUACCCCUCUCUGCGCCUGCUGCACGCCGUCCGCGGAUACUGGCUGACUAACAAAGUUCACAUCAAAAGACCCACCACGGGCCUCUUGAUGUACACCCUGGCCACGCGUUUCUGCAACCAGAUCUACCUCUAUGGCUUCUGGCCCUUUCCGCUAGAUCAGAACCAGAACCCCGUCAAGUACCACUAUUACGACAGCCUCAAGUACGGCUACACUUCCCAGGCCGGCCCCCAUACCAUGCCCUUGGAGUUCAAGGCCCUGAAGAGCCUGCACGAGCAGGGGGCUUUGAAACUGACUGUCGGCCAGUGCGACGGGGCCACGUAA